UCCCCCGUUUGCUCCUCUUCACUUCAACACGUACUGUCGCCACUUUGGGACGCAGGCAUCAAUUAUUUUAUACUUAGGAUUUAAGAUGGGAUGCCAGCCACUCCAACCGUCACUUCUCCUCACGUUAAUAAGAAAGUUAGACCGACAGAAUUGUGCUCGAUAUCCCAUUUGGAAAUGCAUCUAAUUUUACCACGGCACACCCAAAAUCGUUUCUUGGAUGAACAAAAGAUGCACGCGUAAUGCCCGUGCGUCCUGCCCGAUUGUCUCUCAAAAGUGAGGCUCUGAUAUAUUUAUGAGCCUAUUUGAAAAUGUCCUAUCUGUGGGCAAUGACCUUGUUUCAAAAAGGACACUAUUUGGACUCGCUUAGGAAGUGUGUGUGUGUGUGUGUGUGUGUGUGUGUGUCAGAGAGAGAGAGAGAGAGAGAGAGAGCGUGUCUACAAGACAGAGAGGGGGGCAGAGGGAGGCGGGCACGCCCAAACGAUGGUGUUGAAUGACGCCCGUCUGUUGCUUCUUGUGUAUAUCGGUGCGUCCUGCCAUUGGCGGAGGACAGUGAAAGGUACCCAGCGCUGGCGCGCCGUGGGCGGGUGGAAGGCCUGUUUAUAAACCCAGAUCUCUCCCCGUGGGCGGGAACAGCAACAGUAGGGAGUGAAAGUGAAGCGCAGGGAGAGAGAGAGAGAGAGAGGGGAGACGAGGCUGUGGCGGCGGCUGUGGUUGACCGGGGUACGCGGAGGGGGCGAGGCGGCCGCCCCUGUAUGCGUCUUCAACCGCGCAUGGACGACCACCUCAGCCUCCUGCAAUCACCCCCGCCGAGCGCAACCAAAACCCGUGGCGACAACCUGGUGAACCACGGCUACACCGAGACAGAGGCCGACGUGAUGACGGUCGUGGCGUGUGACAACAUGCUAGAGGAGUCGGCGGCUCUCCCGGGCCACCACUCUCUGGACCGAUACGAACCGGAUCACGAAUGCUGCGAGAGGGUGGUCAUCAACAUCUCAGGGUUACGCUUCGAGACGCAGCUCAAGACUCUCUCCCAGUUUCCAGAGACGCUGCUGGGGGACCCCAAGAAGAGGAUGAGGUACUUUGAUCCUCUCAGGAAUGAGUACUUUUUCGAUCGGAACCGACCCAGCUUUGAUGCCAUCCUGUACUACUAUCAGUCCGGUGGGCGCAUCAGAAGACCCGUUAACGUGCCCAUUGACAUUUUCUCUGAGGAGAUCCGCUUCUAUGAGCUGGGUGAGGAGGCUAUGGAGAAGUUCAGGGAGGAUGAGGGCUUCAUAAAGGAGGAGGAGCGGCCGCUGCCAGAGAAUGAAUUUCAAAGACAGGUGUGGCUGCUUUUUGAAUACCCGGAGAGCUCGGGUCCCGCCCGGGGAAUAGCUAUAGUGUCUGUCCUGGUCAUUCUCAUCUCCAUUGUCAUCUUCUGCUUAGAGACAUUACCGGAGUUCAGGGACGAGAACAGGGACCCGAUCACCAUUGCGCCUGUGAUAAAUGGCACACUCCCAUAUCUCAUCAGCCCCUUCUCAGACCCGUUCUUUGUUGUGGAGACGUUGUGCAUCAUCUGGUUCUCCUUCGAGCUGCUGGUGCGCUUCUUUGCAUGCCCGAGUAAAGCCACGUUCUCCAAAAACAUUAUGAACAUCAUAGACAUUGUGGCCAUCAUCCCCUAUUUCAUCACCCUCGGCACAGAGCUGGCAGAGAGGCAGGGGAACGGACAGCAGGCCAUGUCAUUAGCGAUUCUGCGCGUAAUUAGGCUUGUUCGGGUGUUUCGCAUCUUCAAACUCUCGCGUCACUCCAAGGGGCUUCAGAUUUUAGGACAGACUCUAAAGGCCAGUAUGCGCGAAUUGGGCCUGCUAAUCUUCUUCCUGUUCAUCGGUGUCAUCCUCUUCUCCAGCGCUGUUUAUUUUGCUGAGGCAGACGACCCAGAUUCGGGUUUCAACAGCAUCCCGGACGCGUUCUGGUGGGCUGUUGUCACCAUGACCACCGUGGGCUACGGGGACAUGCACCCCGUGACGAUCGGAGGAAAGAUUGUGGGCUCUCUAUGCGCAAUUGCAGGUGUGCUGACAAUUGCCCUGCCUGUGCCUGUCAUCGUCUCCAAUUUCAACUACUUCUACCACAGAGAGACGGAAGGCGAGGAGCAGGCACAGUACCUGCACGUGGGCAGCUGUCAGCCUCUGGCAGACACAGAGGAUCUGAGGAAGACUCGCUCCUCUUCCUCACUCAGCAAGAGCGAGUACAUGGUGAUAGAGGAGCACGGGAUCAACAGCGCGUUCAAACAGCAGCCCAACUUCCCCACCACCACGCAAAACAACUCGCAGAAUUGCGUGAACAUAAACAAAAAGAUUUUCACCGACGUGUAGCCAAGUUUUAGAGUCACGGCCCCUGAACACGGGAAGGGGGGAGGAAGGAAGGAAGGGAGGGAGGGAGGAUGAGGAUGAGGAUGAGGAGGAGGGGGGUGGGACGUGUCAACACACAGCUGGUUCUGUCGUUGCGCACCAGCGUGUGGAAACCCCGGUAGAUCAGGUGAAAGAAAGAAAGGAAUAAAGAGAGAGAGAGAGAGAGAGAGAGAGAGAGAGCAAACCCUGUCUGUUCAGAGACGCUGCUUUGUGCUCCAUUCAAAGAAUCAGGAUAUUUUCAUUUCAGUGAUCUGAACUCAUAACUCCGUAUGGUUCCAUCCGCACUUGGAGAGAGGGAGAGAGAGAGAGAGAGGGAGCUCCUUAAAGUAUUAGGCCUACUAUUCUUCUCUGAGGGAAGGACUUGACCUGUUGUGCGUUGUGCAAUAGCCGAUAUAUUAUCACAACAGGUAGAAAUAGAAGCUUUGUAACUGUGAAAGUUGAGUGCAAAUGUAUGCUACUCGAAGGACACUCACAUUGUAUUAACAUGCGUUAUGAGUCGUGAUUCGUCAGUCAUAGCCUAUGUAUAAUAUUCAGAAUCAUUUAAAUAUGUGUGUGUGUUUUAAACACAUGUAACGUCUGAAAACACAGUUCAGCAUAUAUUAUCUCAAUUAGACCGUUCUGUGCUAUGCCUUUAUUGUGCGUUAAAGUCUAGUCCAAAUGCUAUUGUCUUUAAAAAAAAAUAAAUAAAUACCCCCCCUACUAUAAUUCCUUAACAUGAACUGUCCUGAUAGGCUAUUUACUGCGUAAACGGCGCCAUGUAAACACAGGGGCCAGCCGACUGUCAUUGUCUCAUUAUCGGUGCAAGACACACACGUGAGAGAGGAGAAACACAGAACUCUUUCGCGCACACAUACAGCGAUCAAAGAUGGAGCGUGCUUCUCUUUGGAUGCCUCAAAUAUAGCCCGCUGUGAUGCAGUCUCCAUGGCGACGGUCGUUUCCUCGGUAACCCCCCAGUCACCGUUGCCAUGGCACCCUUGUUUCCACAGUAACCUCCCAGAUGGCUUGGAAGCUAUAUUGAAGAUUCUCAUCUAAAUAGCUCGUCUCCAGUCUCUAACAAGACUGUUUUUUUUGCCAUCAAAGCUUCGAGCGCGUAAAAAAACAAAACAAACAAACAAAAAAAAACAGUCCAAACACGCCCAGCGCCACUAUCACUAAUCAGCAAGCUCACUAUAGUGACUUUAACACUGACACAAUUGGGAGUAAGUAAAAGGAGGUCUGUUUACAAAUUGCCACCACGAACUGUCCCUCGAAAAUGAGAGAGAGAGAGAGAGAGAAAAGUCACACAACUCGAGAAAGAGGCCAAGCCGGGAAAGGGAAAGGAGUGUCAGCGCGUGAGGAAUUAUGAAUGGACUGGGAGCACAUUGUGUCUGGCUGUCCUGAGUGCGCUACUGCGGGCGCUCAGCAGAGGCUGCUGUUCUCCCACUGAUAAAACAGGUAAAAGUUGUUCCAUUUUUCUGCUCAGACCUCCUGGAACCCCUGAUGACCCCAAUUAGACUGCCUCCCAUUUAGGGGCGCAAUGACCCUGGUCUUUCUGUUAGGCCAGAUGGGCCAAAGUGUUGAGACAGAGCUCCCACUGGAUCAAUUUUUCUUCCCCAGCCCUCAUCCUCCUGACCGGUGUCCUCAAACCUGGACUUCUAACAAGCGGUGCCUAGCAGUUCUCCUCCAGUGGACCACCAUUCAAUCCAAAAAUGCAACAAAAUGCAAUUGCAAGAAAAAAAAAAACAUGAUAUAUUCCACAUACAGUUUUGUAGCCGCAGUUUUACUACUGCUUCUGUUCUGGAGUUAACACACUGUGAGUGUAACCAUCACAGGAUCAAAAAGUGAUUCAGACAGUGACAGAAUUCAGCUUGGACUGUGUGUGUUAUGGACUCUGACAUUUCUCCAUACUGCUUUCUAUCUAAAAUUCAAAAGGACAGCUUCAGGAAAACAGCCAGCAAUUUUGCAAAGCACAUUUCACUCCUGGACUUUACAAGGAUUUCUACAUUCUAUAUCCACGUUUCUGGGAACUGAUAUUCAUUACGGAACAAUAACUGACAGACAGCUUUUGCUUUGAGUCAAAAAGUGGCAAAAACUGACGCCAACCGUGAUUUGCUGAUAUGAAACUGUGAUACAAAUCAAAGACUGUUAGCCAUAUGCCUUUGUUAGCUCUGUGUGCUCUGUAUUGCUAAUAUGUGAAACACACACAUACAUACAUACAAACAUAUGUGUGCUGGUUGCUGCUAUUCCCCUGACCUGCACAUGGAGAACAAUACAAAGGCAUGCACAUUCACACAGACACAGACACACAAACACAAACACGCACACACACAUGUAUACACAUGCCUGUGGAUGGCUCUCUUUUAUCCCAGAGUGCACUGGUGUUUUUUCUUGGGAUGGGGCAGAAUGUUGUCAGGGGAAGGCUGUGUAUGCCAGUAUUUGUUCUGUGUUAUUCUGUGCUGUCUUAAACAUGACCCAUAUAAAGAGA